GCCGGCGGGCAGUUUUUAAAAAGGUCAGGGUCGACCAAUGUCAGAGAAGACACAGCAAGACACAGCACAAGAUGAGACUUUCUCUCCGGUAUCUCGGUGCCUCACAGCUCGUCCUCCUCCCCCUCGUCCUCCUUUGCCCCGUCACAUCGUACCCCCUCUAUCCCGCCGGCCUCCCGCCCACGGUGGACUGGCCCCAGCUGGAAUCUGCCCUGCACCACCUCCAGGCCGCUCUGGAGGACCAGAUCCGGCCUGAAGUCUGGCCCGAGUGGCCCGUUGACCCCCGGCCAGCCCUGCCACGGCCAGGGGAGGAGGACGGGGAGGAGGACGGGGCGGAGGACGGGUCCUGGGAAGAAGAGGCCCUGCAGAGGGCUCAGAGAGGAGACCUGAUGGCCCGGCCGCUAUCUCCCUUCCCGGGGGGUCACUCCCUGGAGAGCAUGCACUACCAGGAGGGAGGAGAAGGGGGGGAGGAGGGGAGGAACGAGGCUCUGACCUCCAUCGCAGGAGGACUCCAAGCCGUCAGCCGCGAGAAAGGAGGAUUCGGCUUCCGCUUCGGCAGGAAAAGAUGGACAGACCAGGGGUGGAGGGAUGGAGGCAUGGAGGGAGGAGAGGGGCCGCAGAGGAGGACGAGCAGAAGCGUGGAGGGAGGGGUUUCAGAGGAGGCUGAGGGGAGGAAAUGAAAGUGAAACUGCCAGGAGGUGAUUCUGUGAAAGGCUGCGAAGCACACGGAUGCCGGCGGCCAUCUUUGCUGUUUUCUAAAACAGCAACAACAACAAAGAUGGCCGCCGGCACCAGGCGACACAGGCGAAUUAAAGGAAAGGUGGAUGUCUAAAAGAGAAAAUAAACCAGAUCAGCACAUGAUUUCAGUUUAACAAAAAAAUAAAUAAAUAAAUAAAAAUAAAAAAUAAAAUAAAUAAA